CUCCCGUGAUACGACAUUUGACACGAGGUCAUAAAGAAGAUGAAUGCUCGCCCUUUGUCCGUGCAAAACUAGGACGUCUCAAAUCAUAUUUAAGGAGCGCCAGUCCGCCAUAGAGUUCUAUUCCUCCCUCUCACCCCCCGGAACCAGUGCCAGGCAAAACGAGCGCACCUCCCCCGCCCGAAGACGAGGAAAACAGAGAAUCGUCACCAAAGACAAACCUUGCCCACUUCGCACCCGAUGCCAUACGAAUUCCCUGACCCUCGUGCCACCGCCAACCUGCCUAUUCCCCUACGAUAAGUUCACCUGCUCUGGCGAAACGCCUGCGACACUCCCCGCGGGUUCUGAAACCCCAUUCACGGACGCCACACACCCCCGCGUCUUCAUCCCAUGGAGUCAUAUCACGGCUGCUUUCCCAGAGGACAUGCGUGACGCCAUUGCCACCUCCCCUGAAAAGUUUAUCGCAGCCGUCCCUUUCGGAGCAGGUCCUAAGUUCUACGCCGAAAACCGACGGGCAGAUCUAUUACUGAAAACCUUUCUCGAAGACCUCGACUUCCCGGACAAGGGAAAGCUCACGGUGUCCUUCCCUAUCGAAGCGAAGGAGGACAAGAAAGGCAGGAAUAAAGAUGAAGGUCGCAGCAGAAAGACCGCCUUCGACAAGCCGUGGCCCCUGAUCAUUACAGAUUUCUCUGAGGACUUCGCCAAAUUCCUCCUCUGGAACCAAUGCUUCGCAAACGGCAUCGCAUGCUCUUUCCAGGGCAACGUCGUUAGCAACGACCCUGAUCUGAUAGCUGAAGCUCUCGCAUGCAUCAAAGCCGCCACCUGGCCCGACGUCUCCAUCCAAAACCUAGUCAAACACAUCACCCAGACCCAAGGACGUUCAGGAAAUCCCGCCGAGCUCACAGUCAAGAUGACUCAGUCCUGGCGUCUCUCGUACAUUGAGACGAAGAAUUUCAAAGACGACAAAGGUCCGGUCUUCCUCUUGACGAGAGAACCCAUCACCGACAACCUGGACAUGCACAGAUCGAUAGCCGCGCACAUCCGCAAACUGAAGAUCCGAGUCAACUACCAACAGCUGAUCAACGUCGACAAGAUCGUUGGCUGCGACUGGUGCAAGAACCAAAAUCAUCCGAGCCAUGCAUGCCCCUUCCCGGAGGUGGAUUCUACCUGGUACGGCCCCUCCACCGACGAACGCCGACUCGGAAUGAUGAAAUCAGAAACCCCAAAAGACGAUUUCCGCAAGCGAAGGGAGGACAGCCCGGAACCAGGCGGUUGA